UUGGGUGUGCGCCGCGACUCGCGGAGUCCCUCUCGCAUUCACGCAAGAUGGCGAUGGAGGGGCGACCGAGCCCGUCCCCGGCUUGCGCGCACGUCUAAAAGCCGCCCCGCCGCCGGGAACCAGCCGAGCGGGGCUCGGGCGGCCACUCCGCUUCCCGGCUCCUUUCUCCGCGGGAGGCUCCCAUGGCGCUGCCGGGCUGGGCGCUGCUGGCGCUGACCUUGACCACGGUGGAAGGAGAACCAUCUCGAGUGCAAGCCUUGGACUUGAGCUGUGUCUCUGGAACUGGACAAGUGACACUGAACCCCCAUGAGAUGUUGGAGCUGAGCUGCAGUCUGUUUCCUGAUGUCAGCCCUUUGAGGCUAGGUCUCCAUUCCUUUCCACCUGGCGAGCAGUUUUCCAACAUUACGUGGAGGAAGAAUGGGCAUCCACUGGGAGAAGAGGACAACCUCCAUGUCCUCCCCAAUGGUUCUUUGCUGAUCACAUCAACUGGCAGAGCUUUGAAAGAGGGCAACCAUUCAAGAGGGUCCAGUGUGGAAGGAAAUUACUCGUGUACCUCUCAUGGCUCUUUUGGAUCAGUCACUGGCCAAACUCUGGUGCUCCAAGAGUCAACCUUGUCUCCAUUUUCCCAACAUCCAGAAUCCCAAUUUGUGGAAAAGAAUGGCAUGGCCCGUUUUGAGUGUCGGAUCAAAGGGUUGCCUGCUCCAGCCAUCACUUGGCAGAAGGACGAGGUGGCUGUGUCUUCCGAACCAAGGUUCAUUGUUCUCCCAAACGGUGUCCUUCAGAUCACUGACGUCAAGGAGAGCGAUGUUGGCAUCUACCGUUGCAUGGCGACUAAUGGAGCAGGAAGACGCUACAGCUCUGGUGCUCCCCUCACUCUCUUGAAAGGUCACCAACAACCAAGGAUGGGUGAUGUGGUCAUUGUCACCGCACCGGAGAAUGCCACGGUGGUGGUCGGAGAAACAGUUGUACUGGAGUGUGUAGCAUCAGCUAAUCCCACACCAUUCAUCUCUUGGAUACGGGCGGAUGGGAAUCCUAUUUCUACGGAUGUGAUUGUGUUAGGACGGACCAAUCUCGUGAUCCUUUCUGUUCAGCUUCAUCAUGGAGGAGUCUAUGUGUGCCGCGCCAACAAACCUCAAACCAGACAGUUUGUAACAGCUGCAGCUGAGCUCCAAGUCCUUGCUCGCCCUACCAUCUCCCAGGCACCGGAAACCAUUUCUCGCAACCGGGCCAGCACCGCCAGGUUUGUCUGCAAAGCAGAAGGAGAGCCGCUGCCCAUCAUUCACUGGACAAGGAAUGGGAGGCCGCUUCUGUCCAAAGGACGAGUGAAGAUUCAGGGCAGUGGUACCCUAGUGAUCAACCAGAUUGGCCUGGAUGAUGCGGGCUAUUACCAGUGCGUGGCUGAAAGCCACCUUGGCAUGGCCUGUGCUACGGCCAGGCUAGAGGUGAUUGUGCGGGAAGGUCUGCCCAGUGCUCCGAAAAGGGUAUCGGCUAGUUCUCUCUCCAGCACCACUGUCUUGGUAUCCUGGGAACGACCAGAGUUCAACAGCGAGCAGAUUAUUGGAUUCUCUCUUCAUUACCAAAAAGCCUUGGGCGCUGACAAUGUGGAAUACCAGUUUGCAGUGAAUAACGACACAACUGAGUUUCCGGUGAAAGACCUGGAGCCGAACACCAACUAUAUCUUCUAUGUGGUGGCCUACUCCCAGCUUGGAGCUAGCCGGACCUCCUCAUCCAUAAACGUGCAGACCCUGGAGGAUGUUCCAGGCGGGGCCCCUCAGCUUUCCCUUUCCAGUGCAACACCAACGGACAUCAAGGUGGCAUGGCUGCCUCUCCCUUCAGAACUGAGCAAUGGAAGGAUCGUCAAGUACAAAAUUGAUUAUGCUCCUCUCAAGGAAGACCUGAUUUCUUCAACUGAGCUCAGUGGAAAUGAGACCCAACUGAUGCUUUAUGGAUUACAGCCAAAUAAAGUCUACCGAGUUCGGAUUGCAGCCAGCACUAGUAUGGGUUACGGAGCUCCCUCAGAAUGGACUCAACACCGCACUCCAGAUCGGGACAACCAGACCCAUGUUCCCUUUGCCCCAACUGAGUUAAUGGUCCAGGCCAAAAUGGACUCCCUCUUGGUGAGUUGGCAGCCUCCAGCCGACUAUGGCCAGAUUUCAGGCUACAAACUGUAUUACCGAGAAAUAGCUACCGCGGAGUCAAGCAUGGAGAACCCUUCAGAAGGCACAGGGAAUGGUCUUUGGGAUGUCGGACCCAUAAAACUGAAGAAGAAAGUGAAGCAACAUGAACUAACACGAUUAGUCCCUGGGCAACUUUAUGAAGUCAAGCUGGUGGCUUUCAACAAGCAUGAAGAUGGCUAUGCAGCCGUGUGGAAAGGCAGGACAGAGCGGGCACCUGUAACAGCAGCCGACCUUCCGGUGCAGAAAGGUCCCCCACCACCUCCUGGGGACAUCCAUGUUGAUUCCAAUAGUUCCACAUCAAUUUGGCUGCGGUGGAAGAAACCCAACUUCACCACUGUGAAGAUUGUCAACUACACAGUCCGAUUCAGCCCCUGGGGGUUGAAGAACACCUCUCUUGUAACAUAUUACACGAGCUCCAAGGAGGAUGUUCUUAUCAGCGGGCUGAAACCGUUCACAAGAUAUGAGUUUGCCGUGCAGUCCAACGGGGUUGGAAUGGACAGUCCGUUUGGAAAUGUGGUGGAGUGUUUCACCCUCCCAGACAGGCCCUCAACUCCCCCCUCUGAUCUGCGGUUACACCCCAUCAACCCAUACGCCAUCCAGCUUCACUGGUGUCCCCCCUCGGAGCCAAACGGCAUCAUUGUGGAAUAUGUCAUCCUGUACAAUGCCAAUUGCACCCAGCCUGACAAGAUGUGGACUCUGUUGACCAAAGAGGGCAGUACCUUCAGUGCUGAAGUCCAUGGAUUGGAGAGCGACACCAGAUACUUCUUCAAGAUGGGAGCCAAGACAGUUGUAGGGUCAGGGCCAUAUUCCAGCGUGAAAGAUGUGCACACCUUGCGGGAAGGACUUACAGAUAUCUUAGUUCAUUCUGUCACGGGGAUGACGGUAGCGAUCUGCCUACUCUGCAUCGUCUUCUGUGUGUGUGCCAGCUUUCGCAACAAUAAACUGAAGAAAUCUGCACCAGGUUUGGAUCCCCAAGCUUCAGGAAGCCAUAUGUUCCACCACCGGGGCCGGCAGGCAGCACCCCUCUCAGUGAUCCCAUCAAAUUCUCACGAAAUGGAGUCCCUCAUGGCUCCCUUCUCUGAUGGUGCUCCCUCACCUCCGAGCGACAGUGCAGAGCUAACCGAAGCCCAUGGUCUCAUCCGUGGCAGUCCCCUGGAGGACAGUGUGGGCCACAUCCAACGAAAGCCUCCAUGGGAGAAAUCUCUGAACAGCUGUACAAGCAGCAUCACUGGCUAUGGAGUCUCUAUUCCAAAAGAGCCCGCCAUGGCUUUGAAUGGAUCACUGAAGAUGGCUUCCAAUGGGGGACAAAAGCUCUUGUUGCAAGCUCUAGUUUACGAGGUUGUUACGGAUGAACUGAAAAAGGAGCACCCGCCUAGUAGCCUCAACCAACUGGAAGCCGAGGUCAUUGUCCAUUCGGAUUUCUUAGCCUCCAACCGAGAUCGUGAUUCCCAACUCCAUAUGCUGGACCUGGAGGGGACUCUCUGUGAGGACGGUGACCCAGAACCAUUCCCCAUAGGGGACCGGCCUGAGCAGGUUUCUUCCAAAUCCUCUAAGCAGGAUCUCAGUGUUACAUCCCAGGACCGAGAUGACAAGAGUGAACCUGAAACACCUGAUACAUUGCUAAGGACUGAGAAGGGGGCUCACCAGAGGGCUUUCAAAUUACAUGAAACUGACACAGGACUCCCCCAGCCUGGUGGAAGCUUGGACACAAUGGGAAGUGGGGACUCUGAGUCAUCUCCCAAAGGGGGAGUGGACACACAGCCCAUCUUGUGUGAUGCUCUUCCCACAGCCCAGCCACAAGACCUUCUACAUAGUGGCCUCUCUAGUAUAAUUAACUUGCCUUCUGUGUUUGAGAAUACGGUAUGUGUCCAUCAUCCUUGAAGAGAGCUUUGAUUAAAUUCUUGGCCGUGGCAGAGCUAGGAGUAAUGUAAUAGCUAUUAAGACUUAGGCCUUCAUGGCACUAAAUAGUCUCAUAACUCAUGGUUUGGGAGGGAAGGGUAUUAGCUCCAUCAGAUUUUAUAAGGAGGACCCUUCCCCCCACCAAGUACUUUGCUCUCUCUCCUUUCCUUUCCCAGCCAUUCUGCAAAGGCUACUGAGAAUCAAGUGAACUUUGUACCACCAUGAGUUGAUGUUGUGCCUGGCAAAGACCCAGGAGUAGGCAAUGCAAGGCCUGUAGGCCUCUUUCCAGCCCACCAAACCCACAUACCCCACAUUGCCACCAGGCUGCAGCUGUCACAUAGCCAGCUGCAUUGGGGGGGGGGGGGGGAAGUUAUUUGUUCCAUGAGACAUCAUGAGGAUGGUCCCGGUGUUGAUCUGGUCUUCUGAAUGGUGUAACAGAUCUUAGGCUCCAUUCUUCUGCAUCUCCAAAGGAUGAAAUGAAGCAGGGAUGGAGAGCAAUAGGUCAGAUGGCCUGAGAAGAUUUCUUAGAGUCCUUUGUUCUUCUGCUGUAGGUGCUGAUGUAGGACUAAAGCCAGAUGAAAUUUUCUGCCAGCACUAUUUUACUAUUUUACAUCAGUUUCCAAACUUAAAACAGUCCAUAAUGGACUGUGAAAAAUAAAUUUGCAUUAGAAUGACAUACAUUUGUAUUUUUGCAAGGAUUAGGAUAAUUGUGAAAAUAUUUCCCUCCCAGGUCUCAAAAACCUAUCAAACCUGUUUGACCAGAAGCAUCAAGCCACUUUCAGGUCCCUUAAAAAUCUCUGUCAGUCUCUAGGCAGAGACUGGAUGUUUUCACACAAUGCACCAAGGGAAAGUAUGGUUUGUUCAUUUAUAACUUAAGCAUGUUGAGUGAUCCCCAGUCCUUUUGGUUUAUAAUCUGUAGGUUACAGCUUAAUGUGGCUUGUCAACCCAACUAGUUAAUUAAGCAAACUUUGGCAAAGCAUAUCUUGGCUUAGCAUGUUGUGUGAACCCAGACUCUGAAUCAGAGGACCAUUCUCAACUGCCUGUGUGUGAUUUUCUUUCAUAUUAGCAUCAGGAUGGUUAGAGGAUUAACUGAACAUUCAAUAAAUACAGUAAUCUUGUCAGCUUCCUUCUAGCAUGUUCUGGCAUUGUUGAUUUGGUUCAAGGUGUGGCUAGCACAAACCACACCAGGACAAGCUGCAGGUGUGUUUACAUCAGAUGUGUGUUAUUCUCCAAGAGGUGUCUGUGUGAUGGACUGUGACUGGGAAACUGCAACAACUGUGUUUGUACCUUGGACCCAUCAAGAAAAGAGCUGAGGCUGUGAUUUUUUUCAUGAUGUAGCUCCAGUUUUGGCCAGCGUUCCUCCUUAACUGGAGCUGAAAAGGUGUAAAAAGAACCAUUGCUGCUCCAGUGAUAAACCUUCAGCCCAGUGACAUUCUCUUGAAGUGGGCAUAGUACAGGUGGAUCAUAAUUUACAUUCCCCCCACCCCCACUCCAAGAUGGACCAUCUUGUGUGGACCAUCUUUCAUUGAUGAAGUUCUAAAAAUGGCACAUGAAUUAAACUUGAGAACAAUGCAGUGAGCCAUCUCUACUUGUCUUUGCUCUGAGGACCCCUCUAGUGAUACUUUUCUCCCUGCAGUAAUGUAUGGCUCAUUGGGUGAAUCCAUUCCCCAGAGAUUGGCAGAGGGACCUCAGCUGGGGAGAUGACCAAGGGCUUAGAGCAAUCUUGGAGUGGCCGCAGGAAAUUUGUGGAACUGAGUGGAGGACUGAGAAACAAAUGUAGACAUUGUAAUCUUCAUGAGUAGUGUAAGCCUAGCCAUUUGUUAUCCAUGGUUAAAGAAACAUGGCUAAGUGUGAUGCAAGAGCCAAGUCACAGGUUUUCCUCUAUCACCUUGUUAAGAAGAUUUGACCCUUUUCGAACUUCCUUGUUACUGUGGCUCCAGCCUGCAGGGCAUUGAAACAAUUGAUUAACCUGGUUAGGCAGUGUGAUAGGCCUGGGUCACACCACACACUAAGCCAAAACUAAACCUAUCUGAUUGCAAAUUAUCCACUUAUGUGCAGCGAGACACUUGGUUUGUAAAUCAUGGUUAAUGACUAGCCUCUUUUGCAAAGCCAACCAGUUGUGGCUUCUUCAAAACAUUGUGGUGAAACAAGCUUUGAUGGGGCCUGUGAACCUAGUUUUAUCUCUUUGGCUGAAACAAGUAGUCUGAAGUGGACUGGACCCCUUCAAGCUAAAGUUUGAUGGAGGUUGGCUCCCUGUGGAAUCUCUUGGAAAACUAGCAAAUCAGGAAGAUGAUUCAACCAUGGUUUUUCACUCUGACACAACCAGUUUUCUCAGCCUGGGUGGGUUCCUCUCUUGGAAUGGAGCAUUUAGAAAAGUGGGACUGGCUUUUCCGCUCAUUCCUCUGGGGUUUCAGCCCGAAAGCCAUCUCUGUCACAGCUCUUGCUCCUGUGGCAUAACGUGACCCUUUCAGCAGGUAGGCACUGCAGUUCCUUAUUACACACUCUGCGAGUGCUUCUAACAACUUGUACUGAAAACUUGAGAACUUUCUUCACCUCCUGGGUCGCCUCACCAAUCUGUUCAUUUAGGUUAAGAUUGGCCACAACCCUGCUGGGGAUUUUUCCCACAGCAGCCCCAUUGAAGUGACUGGGAUCAAUUCAGGAAUCCCCUUUGUUGCAUUGGGAGAAUUGCAGGAGAAAUUUCUGCCAGUUGGGGCCUCUGAGUUCUCAUACCUAAUAUUUUAGGUAUUUGAUCUGUCUUUUUUCUCCUUUUUUAAUGUAUGAUAAUGUAUGUUUUAUUUCUUCAGAGCAUCUUUAUAUUAUUUAAUUUUAUAUAAAAGAGAGAAAAAAAUAAUAGUGUGUGUUCUAGUGUAGCAUUUUUACACCUAUUCUCUAUUGUGUUUCCCCUUCCUUAACACAACUACCUCAUGCUUGUUUAAAAAAAAAUGAAAAUAAAAGCAGUAGAUUUUG